AUGGCGCUCGAUGCUCGAUUAAUGCCACCAACUGCAACUCCUGACCGUCAGGUUCGUUCCUCUGCCUCGACGCCUUCGCUUCGCUCUAGAGAUGGGAGUGUGCCCCUGCUGUCCAGGAUGGAUGGAGGAGGAAAUGUCCGGGUCGUGGUCCGAGUGAGGGCCUUUUUGCAAAGAGAGCUUGACAAAAAGACACGAUGCCUCAUUCAAAUGGACCCCAUCACACAGCUCACCACCCUGCGGGCGCCAGAUCAAGAUGCAGUCGAUAGCCCGAUACCCAAGUCACGAAAAGUCAUUGAGGACAAGAAGUUCACUUUUGACAAUUCAUUUUGGAGUCACAACACCAAAGACGCACACUAUGCCCAUCAAGAAGAUGUGUAUAACAGCCUGGGCGAGGAGUUUCUCGAUCACAACUUUGAGGGAUACCAUACUUGCAUAUUCGCCUACGGACAGACUGGAUCGGGCAAGUCUUACACCAUGAUGGGAACACCUGAACAGCCUGGGCUUAUCCCCCGAACCUGCGAGGAUCUUUUUGAGCGCAUCGACGCGGCGCACAAUGAAAACUCCAACAUUGCAUAUAACGUCCGUGUUUCGUACUUCGAAGUAUACAACGAACACGUUCGCGAUUUGUUGGUCCCUGUGAAUCCAAACGCCCCGCCCAACUAUCUCAAGAUUCGUGAAUCGCCGACCGAGGGACCGUACGUCAAGGAUCUCACUGAGGUGCCAGUGCGGAGUAUCAAUGAGAUUCUGAGAUACAUGAAAAACGGCGACCAGUCACGAACGACGGCUAGCACCAAGAUGAAUGAUACCAGUAGUCGAAGUCAUGCUGUCUUCACAAUCAUGUUGAAACAGAUUCACCACGAUAUGGAAACGGAUGAGACCACGGAGCGCAGCUCUCGAAUUCGACUGGUGGACCUGGCAGGAAGUGAGCGAGCAAAGUCGACAGAAGCAACGGGCGCACGGCUUCGCGAAGGUAGCAACAUCAACAAGUCUUUGACAACUCUUGGUCGAGUGAUUGCAGCGUUGGCCGAUCCCAAGGCACUGCGAUCCGGCAAGCGCAAGGAUAUCGUACCGUACCGAGACUCCAUUCUGACGUGGCUGUUGAAGGAUUCGCUCGGUGGCAAUAGCAAGACGGCAAUGAUUGCCUGCAUUGCGCCAUCCGACUACGAUGAGACGCUCUCUACGCUGCGAUAUGCCGACCAAGCCAAGCGAAUCCGCACACGUGCGGUUGUCAACCAAGAUCAUAUUUCUACUGCUGAGAGGGAUGCGCAGAUUGCAGCCAUGGCAGAAGAGAUUCGGGUGCUGCAGCUGUCCGUCUCAGAUUCACGGCAGCGAGAGAAGAAUGCCAAGGAAGCUGAGGAGAGACUGGAAGAAUACCAGACACGUGUGGCUACUAUGCAACGCAUGAUGGAGGAGCGAAGCAUGGUGGCUGAGAGCAAGAUCAAGAAGCUGCAGACUGAGAACGAGGCGCUGAAACUUCAUCUCAAGUUGGCGAUUGAGAGCCUCAAGAACCCCAUUCCCCCAGUCAGCAUCAAGGCCCAACCGGCGGGCGAAGCAGAAAAGGAGAAUUUCGACGAAUACUCAGAUGAGGGCGACGAUGAUUACUACUAUGACGACGGGUAUGAUACGGAAAGUACCGCAGGGGUCGAUGACUUGCAUGAUGAAAUGCAUCGGUACCUGCAGGACAUGGGGAAUCUGAGAAAGUUGAUUGGCGGAGAUUUGUCGCGGUUCAGAGAUGAGCAGAGUGUCAGAAUGCCAUUGGGCACGAGAGAAAAUGUGUGA